AUGCCUUUCAAUACUCAAACUCUAUCAGACCUCCGGGAUACGCUCAACAAAGCGUGCAGUGACUCCGAAAGUGAUAUCCCUGGUGCUACAGUUGUAGUCGUUGACAAAAAGGGCGAAGAAUUGUUUGCACACUCAGCUGGUAAGCGGGGCUCGGCAUCAGAUGAACCAAUGACUCUCGAAACGGUGUUUUGGAUUGCAUCUUGUACCAAGUUGCUCACUGGAAUUGCUUGCAUGCAACUUGUGGAGCGGGAGACCUUGAAGCUGGAUGAUGGUGGGCAUCUUGAAAAUGUCCUUCAUGAGCUUAAAGAGAUGAAAGUGUUGCGUGAAGACGGAACUUUGGAAACAAAAAACAAGAAAAUCACCCUUCGAAUGCUUUUGAAUCAUACUUCUGGAUUUGGCUACACCUUUUUCAAUGAACGGCUCAAAAAUUGGACUUAUCCAGUCGGGUUAGAAGAGUUUUCCGGACGAAUGGAAGAUAUUACCUCUCUCCCUUUGCUAUUUCAGCCUGGAGAAGGAUGGGAAUACGGUACGGGCAUCGAUUGGGCAGGAAUAGCCGUCGAACGCACUACUGGACUUGGUCUUGACGCAUAUCUGCAGAAGCAUGUAUUCCAGCCUCUCGGUAUCACAGAUAUGUCCAUGAUCCCAGAUAGAGACAUGCGAAAUCGUCUUGCGUAUAUGCACUUUAGGGCUACGGAUGGAAAAAUACGACCGCGGGAUCAUCUAUGUCGACUCCCGUUACUGGUCAAUCCAGAUGACGAGUCUGAGACACGCCGGGUGUUUAAUAGUGGUGGCGCUGGCAUGUUUGCAAAACCUCAAGAAUACUGCAAGGUAUUGGCAGCGCUAUUAAACGACGGCACUUGCCCCCGCACUGGAAGUCAACUGUUGCGCAAAGACACCGUGGAAGAGAUGUUCCGUAACCAGAUUUCACAGUUCCCGAACUUUAGUCGCCAAGGUAUUCCCGCUGCUAAACCAGAAUUGACCAAUGCCAUUGACGAGCUGUAUGCUGUGCAAGGAGGUGUACCGCAGGGAUGGGGUUUGACCUUUAUGUUGGCUAAUAGCAACGGCACUGGAAGGUCUAAAGAAACAGCUCACUGGGCUGGACUGGCAAACCUGUGGUGGUGGUGUGAUCGUGAAAAGGGCGUGGCUGGGAUGAUUUGCACCCAGAUCCUCCCAUUUGGAGAUGCCAAAGUUGCUGGAUUAUGGGCUGCUGUGGAGUCUCAAGUAUACAAAGCUCUGGAGUGA